AUGGUUUGUCUAAAUAUUGUAAAAUUAACUUCUUUUUUAUUAUUAAUCAAUUUAUUAAUUCUUCCAAUACUGUCAAUGCCAAAUUCAGAAAAUUUUGAACUUUUGAACGCUGGAAAGUCUAAUCCUGAAAUUCAACAUAUCGAAAAACGCCGACGACGUGGAACUUUGCUCAAAGCAGCUGGAGGAGGUGCGGCUCUUGGACUUGGGGCUGUUAUGCUCCACAAAGCUUUCAAGAAGAAGAAUUAAAUAUUUAAAUUUUAAGAUUAUGAAUUUUAUAUGAUAAAGGACAUAAAUAAAUGAUAAUUUCAACUUUUUUUUAACUUUUUUAUAUAAAAUGAAGAAUGUAUGUUUUCCGAGUGAUAUCAUUCAUUUCCAAUUGUCUGUUGGUUUCUACUUAUCAUGUUAACUGUAUAGUAAUAAAAUAAAUCUUAAUAAACUUUGUUAUAGAAAUUAUUAAGAUUAUUUUUGUUCAAUCUUGCAUGGGCUAAUUUCUUGAACGAAAUUUGGGGCAGAGAGGGGAGGGGAAGCUUUAAUAGUCUUCUCUAUCGUAUUUUGUGAAGUUGGCCCUGUUGAUGAAAAUUUUAGUUUUCGAUUUAAGAAACCUUUUUUGCAAUUACGCACAGUGGAUUGUGAUCAUGAGUGCUUGAAAUUUAUUCCCGAUUAUGGACAAUUCCCCAAUCACCAAAGAGCGGUGAG